AUGGGGUUAUCACAGCUAAAUCAAGUUCUCAUUCUGAGUUCCUCACAUAACGAGAUCAUCCCCUUAUCGUAUCCACCGACGGUCGUCGUGCGCGCUCAUCCAGAUAUGGCGAAAUUCUCAGCUAAGGUGGUCAAAGAAUUCGCGCAAGGUAUCCCAUGGAGCAAAGUCAUCAAAAAAGCCGCAAAUGUCGAUCGAGGACAACGCGUCUUCCCCAGCCGGACUCCCAAAAACGACGCGAAAUCCAAUUUGCGAUUCGACAAAGGCUCGGUGGUUGAUGGGAAGCAUGAAUUGAUCCUCCAAGCCAACAAGAAUGCUGAAAAUGCGGGUGUGAAAGCUGCAGCUGCUGAGGACAGCCAUAAGAUCUGGGCCAAAAUUCUUGUUGAUCCCGAAAAUCCGAAUGAGAAUCAGGCUGUGGAGGAUCUUCUUGAAUCCUUCAAGGAAACGGAGUGA